UUAGACCAACAAAAUGUCAACCCUUAUGUUUCGAUAUAUAAACUCUAUUAUCUUCCAAUUUCCAACAUCCAAUGCGUUUAUUUUGUCUUCCGAAGAGCUUCAGUUUCCAUCUUCAGAAAGUCAGCAAAAACCAGAGGGUAAUGGCUCAGUCAUCUGGUAGCAAUUCUGCGAAGAAGCUCGUUCAAAUUGAUGUCACUUCAGACAGCGUUUGCCCAUGGUGCUUUGUGGGGAAAAGAAACCUCGACAAAGCCAUUGCUCAAUCUAAGGAUCAAUUUGAUUUUGAGAUUAAGUGGCAUCCAUAUUUUCUUGAUCCUUCUGCACCCAAGGAAGGAGUCAACAAGAAAGAAUACUACGAGAAGAAGUUCGGAUCUCGAGCUCAAGGAAUUCUUGCUCGUAUGACUGAGAUCUUUAGAAAUCUUGGAUUGGAAUAUGACAUGUCUGGACUCACGGGAAGUUCUCUUGACAGUCAUAGGCUGAUCUAUUUUGCUGGAAAACAAGGCCUCGACAAGCAACAUGCUCUCGUGGAGGAGAUUUAUCUUGGAUACUUCACGCAGGGAAAAUUUGUUGGUGACCGGGAGUUUCUUCUGGAAUCUGCUAGGAAGGUUGGAGUUGAAGGUGCUGCAGAAUUUCUGGGAAAUCCUAAUAACGGAGUUAAGGAGGUUAACGAGGAGCUGGAGAAGUACUCUGCAAACAUUUCUGGAGUCCCACAUUACGUGAUAAAUGGGAAGCACCAGUUAAGUGGUGGACAACCAGCAGAAGUUUUCCUGAGAGCUUUUCAAGUUGCAGCAAAAUGAGAAUAUUUCAAGCAUUUUCAACCUAUACAAAAUCAAUAAUUUGGCCAUUUAGUAAACUCUCUUCUUACCAGGUGUUUAUGGAUUUCUUUUAUUGGCCGAAGAACCUGGGUUUUAUGUUUUGCUUGUAUACGCAGGAGUGUAUUUUGACAAAACAUGUAUAAUUUGUGUG